UCUAGCACCAGCCCACGGGAAUGAAGGUCUUCAGCCGGUGGGCGGGGCGCCUCCGCAGUGGUCCAAUGGUAGUCGAGGACGUAGAACGUUCCCAGUUACGCCGUGGAGUAGGCGGGGCGUCCUGCCGGGACUUGAAGCGGCUCUGAAAGGUCCGACAGGCUGGUCGCAAGUCGUAUAUCCAUGUGGCGGGAGCUGUGGACCUUGGUGGCCCGGGCGGCACGUGGGUCUCGCAGACUGUGCACAAGCCAGAGCAGCGGUGCCCCGGCCUUCGGUUCUGGGGCCACCAUCUUCGCGCUAAGCUCAGGCCAAGGCCGCUGCGGCAUAGCAGUGAUCCGAACCAGCGGCCCCGCCAGCAGCCAAGCUCUCCGGAGCCUCACGGCGCCCCGGGACCUGCCCCCGGCACGCAGCGCCAGCCUACGUCUGCUCAGCGACCCGCACACCGGAGAACCGCUGGAUCGCGCACUGGUGCUCUGGUUCCCUGGUCCCCAAAGUUUCACGGGUGAGGACUGUGUGGAGUUCCACGUGCAUGGAGGCCCGGCCGUGGUGAGUGGAGUCUUACAGGCUCUGGGCAGUGUGCCAGGGUUACGGCCAGCUGAGGCUGGAGAAUUCACCAGGCGGGCGUUCGCCCUUGGGAAGCUGAGCCUCACAGAGGUGGAGGGGCUGGCCGAUCUGAUCCACGCGGAAACUGAAGCACAGCGUCGCCAGGCCUUGAGGCAGCUGGACGGUGAGCUGGGCCAACUCUGCCGCAGCUGGGCGGAGACUCUCACCAAGGCUCUGGCCCAUGUGGAGGCCUACAUCGACUUUGGGGAGGAUGACAAUCUGGAGGAUGGUGUCCUGGAGCAAGCGGACAGUGAAGUGCAGGGGCUGAUGGUGGCACUGGACGCGCAUCUACGAGAUGCCAGGCGUGGGCAGCGGCUCCGCUCAGGGGCACACGUCGUGGUCACUGGACCCCCUAAUGCCGGCAAAAGCAGCUUGGUGAACCUCCUCAGCCAGAAGCCUGUGUCCAUCGUGUCCCCAGAGCCAGGGACUACCCGUGAUGUGCUGGAGAUCCCGGUGGACCUGGCUGGGUUCCCCGCAUUGCUGAGUGACACCGCGGGAUUGCGGGAGGGCGUGGGGCCCGUGGAGCAGGAGGGCGUGCGCCGGGCCCGUGAGAGGUUGGGGCAAGCUGACCUCAUUUUGGCAGUGCUGGAUGCCUCUGACCUGGCCUCUCCCUCCAGCUGCAAUUUCCUGGACACAGUUGUAGCCCUGCUAGGAGCCCAGAGCCAGCGCCUCCUGCUGGUGCUGAACAAAUCUGACCUGCUGCCCCCUGAGGGCCUGGGCCCCAGUCUUGACCUGCCCCCCCACCUGCUGCUGUCUUGCUUGACCAGAGAGGGGCUGGACGGCCUCCUGGAGGCCCUGAAGAAGGAACUGGCUGCAGUGUGUGGGGACCCAUCCACAGGCCCGCCACUCCUGACUCGCGCCAGACACCGGCAUCACCUCCAGGGCUGCCUGGACGCCCUUGGCCACUACACCCAGACUCGAGACCUGGCCCUGGCGGCUGAGGCUCUGCGUGUUGCCCGGAGGCACUUGUCCCACCUCACAGGGGGAGGGGGCACAGAGGAGGUCCUGGACAUCAUCUUCCGGGACUUCUGUGUGGGCAAGUGAAGGGUGACCCAGAAGCCGUGGGGCAUCUGGAGCAGCUCUUCUCCUCCUCCCAGGACAGUGCAGCACUUCAGCGAGCUUCGGGGUGGCGAGCUCCCUGCAGGUGCGGGGGACCCAGGCCUUGGGGAGGGGCUACAGGGAGGUUGCUUUGGGCACCAGAUGCUGGGGUGUGCAUGGAGGGCUGGCUGGAGGUGGGAAGAUCUCGGGGGUCUUUGUUUCAUAGUUUCUGUUUUAGUUUUUGCUGGCCUGGGGAUGCAACUUGGGCCUCGAUUACUAGGCAAGUGCUCUACCAUGGAGCCACACCCCAGCCCCAUGGUGGUAACUUAUUGUGCAAGUACCCAGGGAAUGUGAGCAUCUCAAGUGAUGCAGAAAUGUUUCAACAUGGGAAUCUCCCUACUUGCCCUCUCCUGAAGUCACAACUUAAUACGUGAAUUUCUAGAACCUUCUCUGCAUAUUUGCAUACUUGUGGAUGCACCUAUGAAUUAGAUAUGGGUUUGUUUGUUUGUCUGGUGCUGGGGAUGUAACCCCAGGCAUGCCAAACAUGUGCUCUAUCUGAGCCACACUGUCAGCCCUGAGAUUUGUAUUUUGCAUAUAAAUUGUGUUUAUUGCU